CAAAGUAGGAGCGAUGCUGCAGGGCAAAGCAGUGUAUACACAGCUGGUAGUGGAUCAGUUAGUACGUCCUCCACAGCCUCUGGAAAACCUGAGGCUGAGCAGCAAGGACCAGAAAAAGUACCAACAGAAGAUCAAACGAAAGAGGAAAGUCAGAGUUCGGAGAGUUGUAUCAUUCCUCCUCAUCUCUUUGGAUCUGGAAACAGUAUUAUUGUCAGUCCUCGACAGAAAGACCCUCAUCAUGCACUGAAAGAGCUUGCUCGAAUAUGCAUCAUGGCUGACUGUACCCUCAUUUUGGCCUGGAGUCCUGAAGAAGCAGGCCGUUACCUUGAGACAUAUAAAUCCUACGAGAAGAAACCUGCAGAUGUUCUGAAAGAACAAGUGGAGAAAAAUUACCGGUCCCAGGUUACAGAUUGUUUAACCACAGUAAAGUCUGUCAAUAAGACAGAUGCCAUGACUCUUCUGUCUACGUUUUCUUCUUUGGAGGGCAUCAUUAAGGCAUCUAAGGAAGAACUAGUUUUGUGUCCUGGACUUGGUCCACAAAAGGCAAGAAGGCUUUAUGAUGUACUGCAUCAGCCCCUCAUAAAGACCAAAAAGAAGGAAAGCUGAUAAAGCCAAACUGCUUUUCAUAAAAUCACCAACUGUCUUCAAACAGAGUGCCUACAAUAAGGAUCUGGGGCCAUAUAGCACAUGGUCGUCUGGAGGCUUCAGGCUCUUUGGCCUAUGAUGAUCUCGGCCUGUAAUUGGGGCAUAAACAGUCAUAAAUGCAGUGGUUUAAUUAAUUUUUGUAUAAAGUGUAACCUGCUUUUGUAAUUCUGUAAAUUCAAUCUGACUUAGUAGAAUGA